AUGCAUACAUUUAAACAGCCAGUGCUCCUCGAGGCGGCUCACUCUGCGCAUGCGCGAACAUUUCCCCAUCAGGUGAACUCCACCAUGGCGGCGAGAGGCCAUGUGCAGGAUCCCAACGACAGGAGACUCAGACCCAUCUACGAUUACCUUGAUAAUGGCAACAAUAAAAUGGCAAUACAGCAGGCGGAUAAACUGCUGAAGAAACACAAGGACCUGCACUGUGCCAAGGUACUAAAGGCUAUCGGCCUUCAGAGGACUGGAAAGCAGGAUGAAGCUUUCACUUUGGCCCAGGAAGUGACCACUCUAGAGCCCACUGAUGACAACUCACUACAAGCUCUGACUAUCCUGUACAGGGAGAUGCAUCGUCCGGAGUUGGUGACCAAGCUGUAUGAAGCUGCAGUGAAGAAGGUUCCUCUCAGCGAGGAGUACCACUCUCACCUCUUCAUGGCGUACGCUCGCGUCGGGGAGUACAAGAAGAUGCAGCAGGCAGGAAUGGCCUUGUAUAUCGUCCCCAAGAAUCCCUAUUACUUCUGGUCUGUCAUGAGUCUGGUGAUGCAGGCCAUCUCGGCACAAGAUGAAAAACUGUCCCAAACUAUGUUCCUGCCUCUGGCUGAACGCAUGGUGGAGAAAAUGGUCAAAGAGGAGAAGAUUGAAGCAGAAGCAGAGGUGCAGCUGUAUUUUAUGAUCCUGGAGCGUUUGGGGAAGUGUGUAGAGGCUCUUGAAGUGAUCAGAGGCCCACUUGGGGAGAAGCUGACCAGUGAGCUGCAGAGCAGAGAAAGCAAGUGUAUGAUGCUCUACACGAGACUACAGCGCUGGCCAGAGUGUAACUCGCUGGCCCACAAGCUGCUGCUCAAGAAUCCUGAUGACUGGCAGUUCUAUCCCGCCUACUUUGACUCUCUCUUCCACCUGAUCGAUCAGUCGUGGAGUCCUCCAGAAGAAGGAGAAAACUGUCCGGAGGGUUUGGUUCAUCACACUGUGGCUGAGGUGAUGAGGUUCGUGGAGGAGAGGAUUAAAGGGGAGGACGGCAAAGACUCUCGUUCACUCAGAGGACCCUAUUUAGCUCGGCUUGAAUUAAUUCACAGACUGAGAGAAAGGGGCUGUCCUGAAGAAAGCCUGUUAGGUGAGCCUUUAGAGCUAAUGGUGCAGUUCUUUGGGAAGUUUGGAGACAAACCUUGCUGCAUCACCGACCUAAAAAUAUACCUCCACCUGCUCGCUCCUGAACAACACGUGCAGUUCAUUAACCGUGUGAGUGAAGCGGUGCCGCUGGGGGAGCACGGAGACGAGGGAUUCGCUUUUCCAGAGGAUACUAAAGCGCUGCAGAGGCAUUUGUGUGUGUGUCAGCUGAGUCGAGCGCUCGGGCUGCAUCACGCCCUUGACGUUGAUGGGAAACUGCGGCUCAUCGCGGAGCUCAAAGCUCACUAUCGGCAUGGACUCAAGUUUGGGAAGAACGCUCUGAAGACGGAGCUGCAGUUCUCUGAUAUGUAUUGUCUCAUGGCAGCUCAUGUUUACAUCGACUUAUGGAAGGAGACGGGGGAUGAGAACAUGGUGUGGCAGUGUCUGGGCGUCCUCCUGGAGGGUCUGUCUCUCAGUCCCUCCAACGCUCAGUUCAAGCUGCUGCUGCUGCUCGUCUACUGUCACCUCGGAGCCUUUGAGCCUGUAGUGGACCUUUACUCCAGUCUGGAUGCCAAGCACGUACAGCACGACACCAUAGGGUUUCUGUUAACGCGUUACGCUGAGUCGUUGGGUCAGUUUGCUGCAGCCUCCCAGUCCUGUAAUUUCUCCCUCAGGUUUUUCCACUCUAACCAGAAAGAUACCUCAGAGUACAUCAUCCAGGCGUAUAAGUACGGAGCAUUUGAGAAAAUCCCCGAGUUCAUCGCUCUCAGGAACAGGUUGAACCAAUCGCUGCACUUUGCUCAGGUCCGCACUGAGAGGAUGCUGCUGGAUCUGUUCCUCGAGGCCGACAUUGUGUUGAGUCUGGAGGAGAGUGUGAAGGCCAUGUCUUUGUGUCCAGAGGAGGACGACAUCCCCUGGGACACUAUGAGGGACAACAGAGACCUUACUGUUUUUACCAGCUGGGACACUAAAGAGAGAGAGCUGACCGAGGAGCACCGGCGUCGGUCUCUAGAGGAAGAGUCCGUCUGGUUGAGGUUACGCUCUCUAAUGCUUCGCCUCCUCGCCUCGUUGGCCGUGCAGGGACACACGGCAUCGCAACAGAACUCUGAGAUAACCAACGAGAACGGAGUCGGAGACAAGACCUCGAUCCUCAGCAGCCUGCUGUCGCAGCUCAACCAGACUCUGCAGACCGCCGCUCAGAUAGCAGAGAAACGCGUACAGUAUCCAUUCCUGGGACCGCCCUCCACCCGCCUGGCCGCAGCUCUGUCCAGUGGGAGCUGUCAGUGCCAGGCUGCAGCCCUCCAGCUGUCUGUCCACCUACAGGAGCUGGAGACCGUCGGCCUGGAUGAGUCGUCAGAGCUUCAAACUCAGAUCUGUAACGGUUUCAAAUCAUUAGUAGUUCAGCUUCAAGAAAUACUGAAUAAAUGCAAAGGAGAUUUAUUGGAAACGAAAGAGGGCAAAUUAAAAACGUGGCCCUACUUGUUAGAAAACCUAAUCUUCUUUGUUGAGACGGUGUGCAUAGUGUUGUGGAUGGCUAGUCACUGUGCCAAGAUCCUCCGACCACUCAAGACUAGUCUACAGAAGAAGAAGAAGAAGAAAAAGGACACAAACACAGCUCUGCCAGCGGUGGUGUGUGGGUUCCAGGAGCUGACGGGGAGCUUGCAGGACCUGCUUACCCAGGCUUUGGAGUAUAUAAAGGAGCAAGAGAUUGGCAUUACGGCCCUUAAACUGGCCGGCUUGAGCUUGGAAGGACCCACAGAGGAGGAAGCGUCGUUUACGAAGGCUGCUAUGGACAAGGUGCAGAGCAGUUACCUGCGCUCACUACAGGAGGUGGGAGAUCUGCUCAAGAAGAGAGCAGAAACUAUAAAGAACCUCAAGAUCUGAACAUCCCACAACCCAAAUAAAGAUGACUAUACCCCCACCAUCAGCCCCCCCACCCCACUACACCACCGUCUGUCUGUCAGCCCACCAGCUAACCUCCGAGUCCUUCAACCCUCCCGAGCACACCGUCGUCUCUGACCUCCUUCCUCUCCUGCAUAGUUCUCAACUCGGCGUUUGUGUGCUCUCCAUCUGGAUUUUUCUUUUCUUUCACAUCACCAAACACCUCUCCGGAACAUUUGCAACUCUUAUAGCACACAAGCUUGUAAGUAAACUCAUGAAUUUAAUACAGCGAUUAUAUAAGUGAGGAAAAAAAAGACAUGCUCCUUUUUAAAAAAAAAAAGAAGAAAAAAAAGAAACGUGGGAGCAAAUUAGGAAAUAAGCAGUUUUAGAUGAACUAAUCUAAUAAAUUAUUGUAUAUAGUAAAGAGCAACUACCACAACUCUCCUUGACUAAAUGAGAAUAUAAGACACAAUAAACCACUAUUCUGUUU